AUGGGAAGAGCACCAUGUUGUUCUAAAGUGGGAAUAAGAAAAGGUGCAUGGACUGCAGAAGAAGACAUGUUGCUCACAAAUUACAUUGAGCUAAAUGGUGAAGGAAACUGGAGAUCUUUGCCUAUGAAUGCUGAAGAGAGGAAAUUUCAGUCCAGAGGAAGAUUGCAAGGUAGAACUGAUAACGAGAUAAAGAAUCGUUGGAACACCAAUCUCUUGAAGAAGCUCAAAGUUGCAGGAAUACAACCAAAACCUCAAAAGUUAACUGCAAAACGAACUAAAGCAACUAAAAAGAAACGAAGACGGGGAAGAAAGGCGAAAAAGCCCGAGAGCGAGAUAGAAAAAGAUGAGAAGAUCCAAGUGCAUAUUCCAAAACCAAUAAGGCUAUAUUCACUUUCUUCAAGCCAAAGUAGUUUUCAAGAUAAAGCAGCCCAUAAUAUUAUUACCAUGUUGAGUUAUGAGGAAGUUGACAAGAAUAAGGAAGAAGAAAAAAUACAAGAGCCAUUAAUUCCAAGUUCAUCGUCGUAUUUGUUUGAUGAAAAAGGGAAUGAAAUUUACGAGUUGUUUGACGAAUUGCUAAAUGGAUGUGAUUUUUCAACUGAAUGCUUAGAGCCAACGAGCAGCUGUUACAUGCUAAAGGAGGUUUACACGGAGUAUUUUCAGCUUCUUUCUGAAAUUUGAGAUGUUACUCGAUCAAGCAAUUAAAUGUUCGAUCCAUUUUUUUAUUUUUAUUUUUUAUUAUUAUUAUUAUUUAUUUAUUUUGAAAAUUGUUGUUUCCUUUCUCUGUAGGAUUUACUAGCACGGUCACAAUAGUGGUCAUUAGUAGAAUGACUUGGGAGCUUUUAGAAAGUGAAAUGAA